UGAUUCUCAUCAGCUGUUUACCGGUUGUUUUUAUUCUUUCAUAAUAUUAAUUAUUAUAAAAACGCGCAAAAUGCAAAGUACAAGGAGCAACCGAGUGCUGCUGUCACUGACCCGCCGAUUUCUGAAAAACCGGACAGCGGCGCAAGCAACGACUUCGCCACUUUGGACAAGAGGAGCAGCAGGGCAAGCAAGUUCCAGCGCUGGAACUGCAACGGCAGAGGAGCACACCACACACUUUGGCUUCCAAACUGUUAGGGAAAGCGAAAAGGAGCAAAAAGUGCACCAAGUGUUUGAACAGGUGGCCCAGUCCUAUGACAUGAUGAACGACGCCAUGUCCCUGGGCAUCCACCGCGUGUGGAAGGACAUAUUCGUUGAACGACUGGGACCUGUGCACGGCAUGCGACUGCUGGAUAUGGCCGGCGGCACCGGGGACAUUACCUUUCGCUAUCUUCGCUACCUGGCCAACCAAUCGAAUCCGAAGCAACGCGUGAGCCAUGUCACCGUUUCGGACAUCAAUCAGCACAUGCUGGAUGUGGGUGAGGAAAGGGCCAGGCGAUUGGGACUCACUUCGGAGAAGUUGCCCAACUCCACGAUCGCAUGGAAGUGUGCCGAUGCCGAGAAGCUGCCCUUUGAGAGCGACAGCUACACCGCCUACACCAUUGCAUUUGGCAUAAGGAAUGUCACGCGGGUGGAUAAGGUCCUAGCCGAGGCCUAUCGCGUGCUACAGCCGGGAGGAAGAUUCAUGUGCCUGGAGUUUAGCCAUUUGACCAAUGAGACAAUGCAGUGGCUGUACGAUCAAUACUCCUUCCAAUUGAUACCGCCAAUGGGCCAACUCCUCGCCGGCCAGUGGCAAGCCUAUCAGUAUCUGGUGGAGAGCAUCCGCCGGUUUCCCAAGCAAGAGCAGUUCAAGCAAAUGAUCCAGGAGGCCGGCUUCGAGCAAGUUUCAUACGAGAACCUCACCUUUGGCAUAGUCAGCAUACACUCCGGCUUCAAGUUGUGAAGAAACCCAUUUGAUUUUUGGUUGUGGAAUCGUUAUAUUAUCAAUGCCACUCACGUCGUCGGCGGGAGGAGCUCAUAAAGCAUCGAGUUGAACAA